CCGACACGCACGAUGGGCGCACAAGAAGAGGUCGACUACGACCAGUCGGACCACACCAAGAUCAAGUUCGUGCCCUUUGUCGUCCCGCGGCACCGUCGCCUCCAGACGUUCUCGGUCUUCCUGUGGACGACGGCCCUCCCUAUCUCGCUCGGCAUCUUCUGCAUCCUGUGCUCCUUCCCUCCUCUUUGGCCGCUCGUCAUCGGGUACCUCACCUGGGUCUUCCUCAUUGACCAGGCGCCGAUGCGCGGCGGGAGGCCACAAGCCUGGCUGCGAAAGUCGCGCGUGUGGGAGUGGUUCGCCGGCUACUAUCCCGUCAGCCUCAUCAAGAGCGCCGACCUCCCGCCCGACCAGCGUUACGUCUUUGGCUACCACCCUCACGGCGUCAUCGGCAUGGGCGCCAUCGCCAACUUUGGCACCGACGCGACCGGGUUCUCGCGCCUGUUCCCGGGCAUCACGCCGCACCUCCUCACGCUCGCGAGCAACUUCAAGCUCCCAGUCUACCGAGAGCUCCUCCUCGCCCUCGGCAUCUCGUCCGUCUCGAUGAAGAGCUGCCAGAACAUCCUGCGGCAAGGUCCCGGCUCGUCCAUCACGAUCGUCGUCGGCGGCGCCGCCGAGAGCCUGAGCGCGCACCCUGGCACGGCCGACCUGACGCUCAAGCGCCGCAAGGGCUUCAUCAAGCUCGCCAUCCGCACCGGCGCCUCGCUCGUGCCCGUCUUUUCCUUUGGCGAGAACGACAUCUUCAACCAGCUGUCGAACGAGCGAGGGACGCGCCUGUACAAGCUGCAGAAGCGGUUCCAGGCCGUCUUUGGCUUCACAUUGCCCAUCUUCUUCGGCCGAGGCCUGUUCAACUACAACAUGGGCUUGAUGCCGUACCGACACCCGAUCGUCUCGGUCGUCGGCCGCCCGAUCAAGGUCAAGCAGAAGGACCACCCGUCGACUGCCGACCUCGAAGAAGUCCAGGAGCGGUACAUCGCCGAGCUCAAAAGGAUCUGGGAGGACUACAAGGAGGUGUACGCCAAGAGUCGCACCAAGGAGCUCACCAUCAUCGCCUGACGGGCCGUCGUCGAAAAAGUACCCACCCUACCUCGCCCAUGCACAUUCCUCAUUCGCCCGUUGUACACGCGCCCGCCUCGCGUCGAGCGCCGCCUCCCUUCUGUGCCCACCCACCCACUUUCGUACCGCGCUUCUGGCAUGCAUCGGACAUUGCCUUCUCUC